CGCAGAGACACCAAGUGCGACUUUCGCUGACAGGCGGAGGGACAUGAAGUGCGAUUUAACACCUCGGUGAGACACGCUCCCCCAUAGAAACGACAAAGAUGGUGAAAUCCACACAAAUCGCCAGGCUGGACGGCCUGAUGCUUGCGGCCUCAGUGGACGAUGAACAGGUUGAAACAGAGCUCGCCGAGGUCAAAUCCCAGGCGAAAAUGAUCUUCAGGCGGUUGAAUCGCAACUCGGAGCAGCAAGCGAGCAUUGAAUCCGGCCAAUACACCUUACACUACAUCAUCAAAGACUCGAUAUGCUUUCUCUGCAUAUGUGACCGGUCCUAUCCUCGGAAAUUGGCGUUUACCUACCUCUCGGACCUGGCUCAAGAGUUCACGACUGUGUAUCCCUCCCAGCAAUACCUGUCUGCUACGCUACGGCCUUACGCUUUUGUCGAGUUUGACACGUUUAUUCAACGGACAAAGAAGACCUAUCAGGACAGUCGGGCGAGUGCGAAUCUGGACAAGCUAAACGACGAGUUGAAAGAUGUCACGAAAGUCAUGACCAAGAAUAUUGAGGAUCUUCUGUACCGUGGAGACAGCCUGGAACGCAUGGGCGAGAUGAGUGGACGCCUAAGAGAGGACAGCAAGAAGUACAGGAAAGCAGCCGUACGGAUCAACUGGGAAUUGAUGCUGAAGCAGUACGGACCCUUUGCAGGGCUUGGGCUCAUUAUGAUCAUCUUUUUGUGGUGGCGCUUUUUCUGAAGGGUAGAUUACGGCAAGUUCAAAGAUGUGACAACAGUAUGAUUGCGGACGAGCGAGAAACCUGGAUUACUACGCUUGGGUUUGGCCAACAGACCGACUUUCAGAGGUCAAUGUAGUCUUGCAGAGCGAGACUCGGUUAUGGGAGAUUGGCAUGAAUUGAUUGAGAAGGAGUGCUCAGAUUUCAUCUUCCUCUUCAUCGAAGUCAUCCUCCGCGCCCAUAUCAUACAAGAUCCUGCCGCCUUCCCCGCCGCCGGCUUUCUGGGCAUCAAAAUACGGCAACACUACACCUUCCCGCUCUAGUCUUUGUCGAUCUGUCAGACCCAGUUCAAAAGUCAUCCCGGACAGGACUUGCUCAGGGGUCUCGUCCUCCUUUGGCUUGCGGAACAGGGGAUGGUCAUCCAGUAAAGUGACCGUUUCCCGGGCCGCUUGAGGACCACCCUGCUGCUUUGCCGUCGUGGCAGUGGGCAGGAAAAACCAUUCCAGAACACCUCUCCCACUUUUCCUCCGAUGCUCCAAUUCCAGAACUAUGCCACGCUCCUGGUCCCUCAAAUGCACACUUUUCGGCUUGAGUCCGAUGACCACCCCCUCGACCUCUUCGGCGAGACCAAACACAGGCGCCACAUGUGACUUUGCCUGUGCCAGCUUCUCUGCAUGCAGGAUGGACAGGGAGUGGACUGUGAUGAUGGUGGUUGCGAGGUAGGAAAGCAGCGAAAAGGGUGACGGAGAGUAUGAAUUUGUAGAGGCGGAGAUCGUUGAGGGAGCAGGUAGCGGGAUGUCCGCAUGAUAGACUGCAACCACCGAGAUCUGGGGUGGCUGCUGUCCUCGCUGCUCUGCAUUCUGUGGCGGCUGUAGGAGAGAUGAGAGAAAUGCCGUCAAAUUCAGUUUGGAAGACGAGGCCGUUGCCAUUGCGACCAGAGUCGCCAAAGAAUCUAUCAGAAUCAGACAUCCUGAGCUCGAGAAUUAGUAAAUUGACCGUUACUUUUUCGAUUACGACGUACGCUUGUUUCCGCUUUUCCCUACGGCAUCGGCUGCCUUCCUCGCUAUCCUUUCCGGCGACUGUGUCUCGCCAAAGCAUUCAAUGAAAAAGUCGACAUUCCGCGGCUUCGCAAACGUCUCGAAGGACAGAUAGAUGGUGGUAGAUCGCGAGAUCCGGGCGCGGCGCAGAUACUCUCGUGUCAGUGGGCUUGCCGGCUGCUCCAAUGUGUCCAGUACAAGAGUCAGCGGCGACGCAUGGUCCCUCUGAUUCAACAACUUCGAGAUCAGGAGGAGGUUGUGUGUGCGCCGAUGCGCCAGGUUGGCGUGUGCCAUCCCUGCCGGCGUGUCUCAAUGAUAUUGGGGGAAAAUGUACAGCACCCGAUAUGGCUGGUUGUUUCCCUCUGUUCAGCCUCGUUGGCUGUAAACCUAGCCUAACGAAGAGCGCAGCCUUUCGACCUGGAUUUUCCUGUGCCCACACGGCUCUUGAAAUCGCAGGCCUAUUUUUUCAUUAAUGCUUGUACCUG